CACCCUUUCCCCAACCAACAUACUGUUAACCAUCAACAAAUUUACAGUUAGAUCGACUAGCAUAGUUGGUUUCUGCAUAUUCCCCUCUUUAUCACGGCCCUUGGGGCACCAGACAUACGCGAGACAAUGUCAACCCAGUUAGCCUACGAUGGCAACCUACCUGGCUUGCGGAAAAGUGAAGCGGCUUCAUACUAUGCCGCCAGAGCUUCCUUUGGCCGACCCCUCUCCCAAGAGACGAUCAUGGAGGAAUCAGAUCAUGGUGAUGACGAUGACGAUAACGAUGAUGAUCUGAGUUACCUUGAUGAUUCCCCUUUCACAAGCGUCGCCUCGUUCGGGACUGGAAGUAUCUCCUCCGCUUCUACCCCAAAUGAGGCAACCACACCUGACUCCACUGGGCUGACGGCGUUUGAUUUUCACAUCGAUGAAAAGGCCGUCAGGGGCCCAAAUGGUCCUCAUCUGUUUCGGCCGUCUGCGGAUCUCUCAGACUUCUACAGUAACUACGGAGAGACUGAAAUGGGCUGGGAAAGUCGGCCUCCAAGCGCCAUGGCACCUUUCUACCAGUCCGCUUCCAAGCUCGAUCCUGUUAGAAGAGAUACUCCUGUUCCAAAUCGUGCUACAUCCACACCACAGCCUCAACUACAACCGCAACCUUUGUUUCAAUCCCCAGCUCCAACCCAGUCUUCGGUUCAAUCCCGGGAGCGACACCGGCCCCAACAACUUCAACUUCAUGACCAAUCUCGCUCUAUAUCUAGUCAGAGCAUACUCUCCACUGAAGGCGAAAUUCGACAGUGGUCUCCUGAAGAUGUGGUCAAGUGGCUGCAUGCCCGCGGGUUUGACACGGGCGUCGUCGAGACUUUCUAUAUGAAUGACAUCUCUGGAUCUAUUCUUCUUGAACUCCAGAAUGAAGACCUGAAGGAACUGGGUGUCCAGUCUUUUGGCAAGCGUCACAACAUCAUGAAUGCUAUCAAAACCCUUCGGGAUCCUUCAAGAUCUGCCUCUGUAGGAAUUUUCAGAUCCUCAGAGAAUGCAUCUGUUCCGCCAACCCCGCGCACUCACAGCAGUGGGUCAACCUCUGAUUGCCAGUCAGGCUCAGGAUCCGACAGCUACAAAUCCGCAGGAUUCAGUGAGAAUCGCCGCCGUCGUCAACAUGGCGGUUCUGCUCCACGUAAACCCGAGGACCUGAACACUGAGAACCCAGUCUCAAUUGUCGCAAUUGAGCAGGUCUUGCCCAAAUUACACAGCUGCUCAAAGGGGGAGAGUUGCCGCAAGUGGCAAAAACAGCAGGAAAAGCUUUCAAAGCUCUCGCAGGAUCUCCCUAUCGGUAACGUCAAUGGCAGAAUUGUUCUGACGGGCGACCCUGGAAACCCGAAGACAGCGCCAAACCUGAUCAAAUCACCCAAGUCAGAAAUUACUCCCUCUCUCAUCGCUUCGUCUGAUGUUAUGGGCCCGUUACGCACACCCGGACUUGCCAGUCUGUGCAAAGAGAAACUCAACGAGGUGCAACCCAGAGACCCGCAAGAAAACGUGAGAAACUUUUUGAGCUUCCAGCACCUGCGCAAGAUUCAAGCAGUCAACGAUCCUGUCACUCCUCCAAAGGAGGUUCUUGAGACAGAAGAACCUUGCACAUCUCCAAGGGCGAACCCCACUCUCUCCGAGAAUCUUCGUCAUCUCCCGAAACUGAUGAUUCCGGGUACGCAAGACCGGUUGUCCGAUUACACCCCAGAGCUGUCCUCUCAAAGGACUGUUACACAAGAGUAUCCAACUGCCAUUCAUAGGGGGUAUGACUCUUAUGGCUAUGAUACUUCCGAAUCACCUGCCGACUUCUAUCGCAGCGACCCUCAUUAUGCGCAAGGUACUCCUUACUCCGAGACGGAUGUUCCUCUGACUGCCGUGCCUGCCGGGCUCGUGCCGCGAGAGGACUCUCAGUCCGUCCCUCCUAACAUGCGCUUCGGAUCAGACCGGGUUGUUCUAACCGAUCCUAUUCAUCGCUCUGCAUCAGUGCAACCUGGGACUCACCGUCGCAACACUUCCUCCGAUGAGCGACCCACACUGAGGCCAAUUGAAACCCCCGAGGAGUAUUCGAGAACCCCUCGGAUGGGUUACAACUCGCCCACCAGACGGUCCCCGAAUGAUGUCACCCACAGUGGCUGGAUGAAGAAACGGAAGACAACACGCCUUCUCCGCCAUGAAUGGGAAGAAAACCUUUACACCCUGAAGGGCACUCAGCUUGCCAAGCACUCUAAUGAGGCCCCAACGCAGCGCCACUCUAAAGCGCUGGAGUACAUUGAUGUUGACGACUAUGCUGUUGCAUGCUCGUCGCUUGCGUCAAGCUCCAAACUCACGGCUGCCUUCAAGAAAACUGUCCUGAAGCGCAAGAACAGCACUCAAAAUGAUUCUGCCUUUUCUUUCUCUUUGAUCCCCGCCACUGGAGCUGGCAACAGCCAAGUGGAUAAAAAGGCAUUGUUCCUACAUACCGGAAAGAGCCACCAUUUCGCUGUCAAGACCCGGGAUGAGCGCAUCGACUGGAUGAGAGAGCUUAUGCUUGCAAAGGCUCUGAAGCGCGGUCGCGAAGGAAGUGUUGAUCCGAGUAACAACUUCAUCUGAGGGGUUUGUGGACUGACUGUAGUUGAGUGUGCUGUUGCCCGUCCUGUUUAGUAUCAAAGAUACCCACCAUUGGAGUUAUAAUGUCAGUUGCAUUCAUUUCACCUCAUCUUAUUCUUUUCUCUCCCGAUUCUGCAUCGCUACAGCUUGUAUGAAGAUUGAUGAGUCU